GAUACUCGGGGCGGCAUGGCCGAGGCUGGCGGGGCCGGGCCCCCCGCACUGCCGCCCGCGCCCCCGCACGGCUCCCCCCGGACCCUGGCCACCGCCUCUGGGAGCUCUGCUUCCUGCGGGCCAGCGACCGCCGUGGCCGCGGCGGGCACAGCCGAGGGACCGGGAGGCGGCGGCUCGGCCCGGAUCGCCGUGAAGAAGGCGCAGCUGCGUUCCGCUCCGCGGGCGAAGAAACUGGAGAAACUCGGCGUGUACUCUGCCUGCAAGGCAGAGGAGUCCUGUAAAUGCAAUGGCUGGAAGAACCCCAACCCCUCUCCCACCCCACCAAGAGCAGACCUCCAGCAAAUAAUUGUCAGUCUGACCGAAUCGUGCCGCAGCUGUAGCCAUGCCCUUGCUGCUCAUGUUUCCCACUUGGAGAAUGUGUCAGAGGAGGAAAUGAACAGACUCCUGGGAAUUGUAUUGGAUGUGGAGUACCUCUUUACCUGCGUCCACAAAGAAGAAGAUGCAGAUACCAAACAAGUUUAUUUCUACCUAUUCAAGCUCUUGAGAAAGUCUAUUUUACAAAGAGGAAAACCUGUGGUUGAAGGCUCAUUGGAGAAGAAGCCCCCGUUUGAAAAGCCCAGUAUUGAACAGGGUGUGAACAACUUUGUACAGUACAAGUUUAGUCAUUUGCCAUCAAAAGAGAGGCAGACAACAGUAGAGCUGGCCAAGAUGUUUCUGAACCGAAUCAACUACUGGCACCUAGAAGCUCCAUCUCAGCGGAGACUACGGUCUCCCAAUGAUGACAUCUCUGGAUACAAGGAGAACUACACAAGGUGGUUGUGCUAUUGUAAUGUACCCCAGUUCUGUGACAGCCUACCUCGGUAUGAAACCACAAAGGUGUUUGGGAGAACAUUGCUUCGCUCAGUCUUCACCAUCAUGAGACGACAACUCUUGGAGCAAGCCAGGCAGGAAAAAGACAAAUUGCCUCUUGAGAAGCGCACGCUAAUCCUCACACAUUUCCCAAAGUUUCUGUCCAUGUUGGAAGAAGAAGUAUAUAGUCAAAACUCUCCUAUCUGGGAUCAAGAUUUUCUUUCAGCUUCUUCUAGAACCAGCCCACUAGGAAUCCAGACAGUGAUCAGUCCUCCUGCUACUGGGACAGGAUCUUUCAGUUCAAACUCUUUUUCCCAUGAGAAGAUCAAUGGAGGGAGAAUAAGUCCUGGCUGCAGAGGCUUUUCUGGGCUUGAAGCAAACCCAGGAGAAAAGAGGAAAAUGAACAAUCCUCAUGCUCCAGAGGAAGCCAAGAGAUCCCGAGUGAUGGGGGAUAUUCCUGUGGAACUGAUCAAUGAGGUCAUGUCUACCAUCACAGAUCCUGCAGUGAUGCUUGGACCAGAGACCAAUUUUCUGUCAGCACAUUCAGCUAGAGAUGAGGCGGCGAGGCUGGAAGAGCGCAGGGGUGUCAUUGAAUUCCAUGUGGUGGGCAAUUCCCUGAACCAGAGACCAAACAAGAAGAUCCUGAUGUGGCUGGUGGGCCUACAGAAUGUGUUUUCUCACCAGCUGCCCCGAAUGCCCAAGGAGUACAUUACACGGCUUGUCUUUGACCCGAAACACAAAACCCUUGCUUUAAUUAAAGAUGGCCGUGUCAUUGGUGGUAUCUGUUUCCGGAUGUUUCCAUCCCAGGGAUUCACAGAGAUUGUUUUCUGUGCAGUUACCUCAAAUGAACAAGUCAAGGGCUAUGGAACACACCUGAUGAACCAUCUCAAAGAAUACCACAUAAAGCAUGACAUCCUGAACUUCCUCACAUAUGCAGAUGAGUAUGCCAUUGGCUACUUCAAGAAGCAGGGUUUCUCCAAAGAAAUCAAAAUACCUAAAACCAAAUAUGUCGGGUACAUCAAGGAUUAUGAAGGAGCCACUUUGAUGGGAUGUGAGCUGAAUCCUCAGAUCCCAUACACGGAAUUCUCUGUUAUCAUUAAAAAGCAGAAGGAGAUCAUUAAAAAGCUGAUAGAAAGAAAACAAGCCCAGAUUCGAAAAGUCUACCCGGGACUUUCGUGUUUCAAAGAUGGAGUUCGGCAGAUUCCUAUAGAAAACAUUCCUGGAAUCAGAGAGACAGGCUGGAAACCAAGUGGAAAAGAGAAAAGUAAAGAGCCCAAAGACCCCGAGCAGCUUUACAGCAUCCUUAAGAACAUCCUGCAGCAGGUUAAGAGCCAUCAAAGCGCCUGGCCUUUCAUGGAACCUGUGAAGAGAACAGAAGCUCCAGGAUAUUAUGAAGUUAUAAGGUUCCCCAUGGAUCUGAAAACCAUGAGUGAACGUCUCAGGAACAGGUACUAUGUGUCUAAGAAAUUAUUCAUGGCGGACUUGCAAAGAGUGUUCACUAACUGCAAAGAGUACAACCCUCCUGAGAGUGAGUACUACAAAUGUGCCAGCAUCCUGGAGAAGUUCUUCUUCAGUAAAAUUAAGGAAGCAGGGUUGAUUGACAAGUGAUUUCUUUUCCUUAGACACUCAACAGUAGUGUGCCUAAAGCAGGUGGUAUAAGUUUUGGGUUUUUGUUUGUUUUUAAGAAUUGUACAUUAUGUGUUGAAGAGACUUGUAAUAAUUAGCACUUUUGAAAAACAAACAAAACCUCCUUUUAGCUUUUCAGAGAUGUAUUUAAAUGGAAAUCAUAGAAAACUUUUAUUUUGUGGAGUAGAUUUUAAUUUAUUUACUACUAUCAUGUAAAUUUUCUCUGGCAUGUCCAGUAGUUGACUAUUGCAUGGUAGGUGAUCAGGGGCUUCCUCAAAACCUGUAUGUGAGGAAAUUGUACACAGUACCAGGAUUUAGGGGAAUCUAGAAAAAAAAAAUUGACCAUGAAUGCCUCCAUUUUUUCCCUAAUGGAACAUGAGAGUUUAUUUUAUUCUGAAGGACUUUAAGAAAAGGGUCCACAGUACACCUGCCAAGGUGAACUAUGUGAUGUUUGAAGUCUCAUUGUAGACCUUUUACAAAUAUAUAUUUUUUAAAACGCUCAGUUAGAUGAGGUGCUUUGAGCAGUUCUGAAAAAUGCAACUUCCACAGCAGCAGCUGCUUUGACUCCUAAGGACUGGACUUUUGAUAAGUAUCUAACUGUCACAGGCUUGAGAGCUCACAACCACUAUUUAAUGCUUGGGCAGGUUCUAAGUUCUAAAAGAUCCUUUCUCUGGCCACAAAGGUGUCAUAUUGAAAACAUUGGAGGUUUUGUCAAUGUUAAGACAUUUGUCCUAAAUACUUGCUCCAAAUAGGUAAGGAUUCUUUGUACUUUCUGGAACAUUUAACCCUAUCAGCAAUGUCUGUGUGAACAUCUCCCAUUUGCAUUUCCAGAUUUAUGCUUGUCUGAAUUGAAAUGAAUUCUCAAAGUUUAUGCCAGUAUUUUAACACCUGCAUCGUUUCUUUAGUCCACAGUUAUAUCCCACUACAGUUCAACCGCUGUACAAUCUUACCAACCAAUCUGUCUGGGGACUCAAGCUUAGGGCUUGGAUUUAUUUCCUGAUUACACUACAUAAAGAAGUGGGGCACCUGCCACCCCAGCUCUGGGGAAAACCAACCAUAGUAAAUGAAGGCCACCUCAAAGGUCGACACUAAUUUUUAUGAUGCAAAUUUAUAAACUGAUUUUUUUUGUAAAGGCUGAGGUUUUAAAAGUGUAUUUAAUGUAUGUUUUCUAUCAGCAUAAAUUAUAAUGGGUUACUAAUAGCCAUUAAACAGAGCUUGCAGAGGUAGUGUGUUUGAAGGAAAACACCCUGGCAAUGCUACUGAGUGCUGCUUCUGACAUGGAAGGUAUUCUAUAGGUUCAGAGUGUUCACUGAAGACCAUACUAAAGAUGCCUCAACUUUCAGAGUUCCAAGGAAUACUCUGAGUGGCAUCUAGACUCUUGAUGAAGAAAUAAUUGCAUUAAGUAUCUCAGACUUUAAAAACCGGAUUUUGUUGAAGCAUCUGUCCAGCUUGGUAUCCUGUGAAAGCUUGGUAUUUCCUGGGUAGACAUUGUUAUAGAGCGUUGUCUUUAAAAUCAGAUGGUCUCUUCUAUAUUGAAAGCAUUUUUAUGUUUUCUAAUUUAAAAUUAAUAUUUUCUUAUAGAUAUUGUGCAAUAAAGCUAAAAUAGAAUGUGUGGUUUUUGCAAAUGCUUUAACAGCCGAUAAAAACUUUACAUUUGUAAAAUUAAUAUAUUGUACUGGUACAAAAUAAUUUUAAAUUAUAUUUUGAAAAACUC